GGAAACAUCUGAAAAAGUUCAAAAUGGCAGAUUUAAUGAAACAUGAUACUUUUGAAGGACUAGCAGCUGAUCAUGGAAAUGAUGCAAAGAGGAAAAAUGCAGAUUAUACUGGGCAGCAGUAUUCGGCAAAGAAACAAAGGACUGACGGAGUACAGGAGAAAGGGAAUGGUAACGGCGGAUGUAACCCCGGUUUCCCUGCUACUGAAAGAUCAGUUGCAAUAGCGUCAAGCGUUAACGGAAACACAACGGCUGGUUUGUCCACUGGUACAAGUCGAUCAGUUGCAUUAGAGUACAGUACCCUCGGAAACACCACGGCUGCCUCAAUUCGUUUAGAUGAGGAUGAUCAAAAAAUGAGAGAUGACGAUCAAGAAAUGAGAGCUGAGCAACAAGAAAUGAAGGACAAACAUCUUGAAUGAUGGAAGCUAUAAAGCAGUAUUAAAAAAUGAAUGUUUUAAGUGCUCUUAUUUUUGUAUUCUACAUUAUGCUCAUUUUGAACAAAACAUCACAAUUCAAUCAGCCUAUUUGUCACCAUCCAGCUCCUGUUAAAGAACGUUAGAUAAACCUACUUUUGUGAUGCAUACUAGUAAUCGAUAUUGUCUUACUGUGUUUGCAAUAAGAGAGAAAUAUGGGCUUGUCUAUAAUCAAAAGUUGAAACGUCUUUAUUAGACAUGUUGCACUUUAUAUGCAUUUUUCAAUUGAUAUAUGAAGGAUUUAUAUCAAACACAUUGUUAACGCUUAAGGAAACAUUUUUAGACUCUUCAUUAUAAGAGAACGUAUAACACCUCUCCCGUAACAGAGAAAAUGCUGAUAUUUGAUACUUUCAUACUGAUUUUAUUUCUUCUAAGCCAAUGUUGAUUUCCCUUUCUUUUAAUGGUCAUUUACGACAUAUUCUUUAAAAGGACUAGGAACAAAUAUCUAUUUUCCCAAAGCCAAAAUUCUAGCGAUUAUUAAAACAACCUUGAAUCUUGAUAUUACUUAAUGUCACAUACAUCCUAAAGGUAAUAAAAACGACCAUUUAUUCAUAAAUUUCUAUCAUAUUCAUGACAUAGUGUUGAAAAAAUGAUUGAGAAUUAUUUCAUUUCUUUUUAAAAUAUUUGCAACCUAAGAAUCACUUCAAGACACGAAAAAAUGCCUCUUUCAAAAACUAUAACUCUUUAACUUAUCUUAAAAUUUAGGCUUUUUUGAUUUUACUCAAUCUUCACAUGAAUUAGAUUUAAGUAUUUAAAAAGAAAAAUUGCAGUAACAAUCCUUUCUUUAAUUACUUAAAAUUUACUUGAGCAUAGAUCAAUAAGAAACUUAGUCUCGUUUACAUUUAAUGCAAAUUUCAUUUUAGAUUUGCAUUACCUUCACUGAACUUAGUCAAAAAAAAAGUGGGUUCAUAAUUAUAUUUAAAACAAGUCAAAAUACUUGAGGUGGCUAAAAUGUCCAAAGUUUUGUAUUUGAUUUUACUUUAUAUAGAAAAACAGUUUAUAAAUCUUAACACUUUUUUUGAAAGGUCUUUUAAAUUUCUGGAAAGAUAAAACAAAUCUCGUUAUAUUUCUUGUGGCUACAAACAGAUCAAAGCCUCUAAAGGGACUAAUUUUUUUACCAAGGCUUGAAGCAAGGGACGACCCCUAUAUUCAAAUGUUUUACUGCAUUUUAAUACGAUAUACACUGUUCCAGGGGAUUGUGUCACGGAAUUUUGAUAUCUGUUUUUGAAUUACAGUUAGAGUUAGCGUUAGUAGUAACAGAGAGUUAUACUAACUUAACCAUACAAAAAGGUAAUAAAAUUGAAAUAAAUCAGUUUUGAAAAAUAUUUGACAAAAAAUUUCCUGUUUGUAGUUAUAACAACUAUAAAUCAGCUUUGUUUUAUUUAUUUGAGAUUUAAAAACUCUUUUGUAUCUUUUUAUAUGUUUUCUAAAUAUGAUAAAAAGAAAGAUAAUCCUUUGCAGAUUUUAACGAUUUUAACAUAUAAAGUUUUAUAAAUCGGUAUAUGCUACCUUAAAACGGAAUGUGAUUCAUUAUCGCUAGCAAAUAUCUUCCCACAAUUUAUUUACUACUUGUUUCAUUAACUUGUUAUUGGAUAGUGGAAUAUAGAUGAUAACGCAAUAUACAUGUGUGCUGAUUGUAAAUAGAUAAUAAUAUGCAAACUGUCGAUACUAUUUAUAUUGAAAAGUACAACAAAAAAUUGUAAGUUGUUGCAUCAGUGUAAAACGUUUUAAAUAGUGACUGAACCAUAUCGUUUACCAUUAAUCUAAAAUAUUUUUUUUCUAGUUUAAAGAAGGUAUUUCGUACUAAAUGUAGAUAAAUAUGAUCAAUAAAUAAUUAGUAAUCCAGUGGCGGAUAUUUUUUAUGACUGCAACUAAAAGGUUCGCUGGUAAAGCUCUAAAAGCUAUUGGAUCAUUAUUCUCCAUAACAAAAGAUCUUGAAGUUCCUGUAAAUAUUAUGUUGGCUUUAUUUGAUCAUAUGUAGCAUCCAUAUUAAAUUAUUCUUGUGACUUAUGGAGUUUUGAUAGCGCUUAAAAUAGUGAACAAAUACGCAGAAAAUAAAUGAAAUGGAUACUAAAUGUUAAAAUGUCACAUUUUGUGUUAUAUAAGGACUUUAGUAGGUAUCCACUAUAUAUAGUAAUACCGGUUUGAAUUAUCAAUAUUUUCAAAGUUAUCUGAUGUAGGUUUCUGCAAUGUUGUGUUGUUGUGUACUUAGUGUUGUACACAGUCGGUUGUGAUGUGAUCAUGUUUUAGAUACAUUUAUAUUUUUGCAAUAAAAUUGUUAUACUUAAAAUCAUACGUUUAUUCUUAGCUGAUUAAUUUGACUUAAAAAACAACAACAAAAUAUCAAAGGAUGUGUUAUUUUUUUGUUCAUACAAUUACUUGUGUUUUUAUCUAAUGGAAUAAGGGCAUCAUUAUUAGUUAUAAUUAUAAUAUAUAUCAAUUUCAUUCAGAAUAUGAACAGGAUGCAGGAUUAAAGAUGCAACUAGGAAUUCAUGUUUUCUCUUUAUAUCUUAACUAUGUUUUUCAUAUUUUGUUUUUGAUGAAAAGCAUUCUUUUCAGUUUCAAAAAGGUUGACUUUAAUGUUGUUUGCUUCAAAUAUGGAUGAUAAAUGCAAAACAUCUAGAUAGUUCUUAGUUACUACAUCUAUUUACGUUUAAAAUGUCUAUGUGAUUGUAUAAAACAUCUAUGUUAUCAUAUAAAAUAAAGAAAACUAAACUUC